AGGCAGAUGUUUAAUUGUAAUAAUUGAGCGAGCAAUUAUAUGGCAGCUCUUUGGCAGAUGAUCUACAGUGGAACGCACUUCUUCACUAAUUAUUUUCAGUAGCUAACUCUGAGUAUAAAAAUGUGCUCAGUGCUGAGGACCCAAAUGUGAAUAAUGGGAGCUUGUCGUCAUUGCCACAGGAACUGACAGUUGAAUGGUAGGGAUAAGAAAUGGACAAGAGGCAAAAAUAUGGUCACUAAGAGGAGCACAGCAGAUAGCAUGGCGAGCAUAGGUAGGGGCUAUGGUGAGAGAGGUAAAUGGUCUCUUGGCUGUGGCUAGCUCAGGCACUCUUUCAGAACUCCACACAACAGGCGGUUUUAUUAGGAACUGGACUACCAGAGACUGGAUGUCGGUAAUGAGCAAUCAGAAAGAUGAGGCAUUAGCUGGUUCAUUUGGCUAAAAAGAAGUCAACGUGAUGCUGAGGAAGCUGUCGUUCUUGCCAUCCAAUCUAAAAAUCUAACAGCUGUUUGAACUGAACUACUUCAUUACUGCCACACUUUGGUGUAUCCAUUUGUGGUCGGGAUUUGGCACGGAUUUGCAGAGGAGAAGCAAACCAGCAAACAGUCCAAACAAAAGCAAACACGAGGUCUAUGUGGGAAAGUGUAUACAAGCCUAGAUUUAAAUCACAGCGUAAAAACAAUCACAUGGAAACAAUGGUAAGUAUGUAAUCAAAAACAUAUUGGGAACAGAAAAAAAAGUAACAAAAGAACUAUAAAAAAUAAAAUAGGGGAAAUAACUGAUGAAACAUCACAAAGAUUUCUGCCUUGUGCUGCUGCAUGCUGGUUGCUGAGGCCAGGAAACCCUCUUCACCCCAGGCAAUCCAUUUUUGGUACAUACAACAAAAUCCAGCCUCUCACUGAAUCAUGUAAACACUUGGAUCAGUACAAGAACUGUAGGGUGUCCAGGGCAACCAGAAGGGGGAUACCUAUCUUUCAACAUUUAUUGACUUCAAUAAAUUCAAAUCUGAAUCUUUUCCCCCCCAAAGGAUUCAGUGAAGUCAAGAAGGCAGGCAUCGACGUUUCUACUCUGUCUAGCUCCACGUCAGAGAGAAAACACCCAUUCUAUCCAUAUCUACUGGAUCGAAGCAAGAUGUGCUUUCCUCAGAGUUUACACCAGGAAAAAAGAAGUUUUAUUCUAACCAGAUGUGAGAAAAUUAAAACCAAUAUUCUAAAGUAUUUUUAGUGGCGUAUGAUGUCAUCCGAUUUCAUAUUUUCUACCAGAGGAUAUGUAUUUUUAAAAAUUGUGAAGCCACUUUCCGUGCAGUACUUAGCCAUGAUAAGUUACAGUAAACACAUGGCAGAGUUGUGUGAUCAUAUGCUUCGCUCUUUAGUCAAAACCUGGGGAAGACAUCUAAGAGUAGGGAAGAGGAUUAAAUCAUAUGGAGCUGUCUUCUGAUCACGUCCAAGGAUGUCAUUUCUAGGGGUGACAUUUAUGGCAGGCCUUAGAGGUAGGAACCCAGUUGUGUGCAGGACAAGGAUUACUCUGAUUAUCUUUAAUCCUAAAAUAGACAUAUGUGUCUCCUAAGAAUGACUUCCAGCUUCACUCUUAAUCACUCACAGAAACCUAGCUUUAAAACACCCAGGCCCUUCUCUCUUACUGGCAGUGUCUUUUCUGUGACACGCUGGCACGCAUCCCACUGCCAGCACCUAGGUAGUACUGGGUUUCCCUGGAUCUCAGAGCCCUUCUCACCUUUGAGAACUGGCUGAAAGAGGAGCAAGAUGAACCCUAAUUUGACGGGAACUCAGUCUUUCCUUCGCACUCUCAUUUGGACAACCUCAAGCAAGCGGCCAUGUCCUGGAACAAGAAUGUAACCCACGAUGGCUUUCCUUUAACACUCUUCAAAUCCUUUCCCAAUCCUGGAACAGAAAUUUGUCCAAAGCUAUUUAAAGCUUUCCAAGAGGGCAACAGAGAGCCAAGGUUGCUAUGGGUGCUUCUGUUCUUCCUGUAUUUUGUUUCAGAAAUAGGAAAGAGGUGCUCACCCUCCGCUGCAGGCAUUACUGUGCGUCCUCCAUAAGGUGUGCUAGGAGUAAAGUUACUAUCAUCACAGGGUCCAGGGUACACGGCUGAAUUAACCAACUGUCAUUUCAGACCCAAAUCUCUAGCGCCACCCACCCAGGAGCACAAAACAUUCUGGGUUAAAAAAACAAACAAAAAAAAAACAAAAAAGAAAAAACAAAAAAUAAAAACAAACAAACAAACAAAUAAACAAAAACAAAACAAAACAAAAAACCCAACCCUGCCCCUUUACUCCUUGGCUAAGUCUUCCAGGGUGGGCGAGACUUGGAGAGGGGAACGUUGGGGGUUGAAGACGCAGUGCCAAGGCAUAGCACUCUCGCCAAAACGCUCCUCAGACAAGACAGUUUCCCAGGACCGUGUCCACCUUCCUUUUCUCAUUUCCCGGUUUUAUGCUGGAACCUUGGAAUGGUUUGGGGACCAAUGAGGUGGCAGCGGUUGAUUCAUGGAUCGUGGUGAGGGGAGAUAUCAUUUCCAAGGAGGAAAGAGCGCGCGGGGGACGGAGGGUGGGGGGGGGGGGAGGAGAGGCAGCAAAGCCAGAGGGGAGGCGGGGGAAGAAAGUGGGAAGAGGGGGCCAAAAGUGGGAGGGGAGGAGGGAAGAGAGCCUGCGGGAAAGAGCCAAGGCGGCGGAGGUGAACGCGCGAGGUAAGCAGAAGCAGCAGGUUCGCUGGUCCGGGAUACUGGGGGAAGGCGGCUGCUAGCGAGGGGCGUGGGCUGGGCUGUGGAUCAAGGGGACGGUCGCUGUCGGUCCUGCCUGGUGGUCGCGUCCCUGAUCUCAACGUCCCGCUGCCCCGGGUGUCCCCGCCCGCGCGCGCCCGUUGGGGGGCCCGGGGUGCGGCGCCGGCCGCCGGGCCGCAUUGUGACGUAGCGGGGCCGCGGCAGCGCCUCCGCCGCCCGCCGGGGUCUCCUGCGCCCGCCGCUCUCGCCGUCUGUCCGUCCAUCCCUCCCGCCGCCCUUCCCGCUCCGGAUAUUAUAAAUAUUCGACCUUACUCAAAAUGUACAAAGAAGAAUAAUGGAAGCCCCUGAAUAUCUUGAUCUGGAUGAAAUCGACUUUAGUGAUGACAUUUCUUAUUCAGUCACAUCUCUCAAGACCAUCCCAGCACUGUGCAGAAGAUGUGACUCACAGAACGAAGACAGACCAGUUUCUAGCUCUAGCUGGAAUUGUGGUGUCUCAACUCUCAUUACAAACCCGCAAAAGCCCACUGGAAUCGCUGAUGUAUACAGUAAGUUCCGCCCGGUGAAGCGAGUUUCUCCACUGAAACAUCAGCCAGAGACUCUGGAGAGCAAUGAAAGUGACGACCAGAAGAACAAUACAGUGGAAUACCAGAAAGGGGGGGAGACUGACCAGGGCCCCCAGCCUGAGGAGCUCAGCCCUGAAGAUGGAGUCGGAGGCUUGCCAGGCAAGGGCUCAGAGCCCAGCCAGGCACUGGGUGAGCUGGAGCACUAUGACCUCGACAUGGAUGAGAUUCUGGAUGUGCCUUACAUUAAAUCCAGUCAACAGCUGGCCCCGCUCACCAAGGUGACUUCAGAAAAAAGGAUUUUGGGUUUAUGCACAACUGUCAAUGGCCUCUCUGCCAAAACCUGCCCUAUUGUAAGCGCUGAGACCUCCACACCCAACAUGGCUCCAUUGUGUGUUCUUUCUCCUGUGAAAAGCCCUCACUUACGGAAAGUACCCAGUGUCCUCCGGGACCAGCACAAGCUCCCUGCGGAAGAAUCGGAGAACUCACCCGCUCCUGGUAAAUGCGGCCCUGCAUUUGAAUCAGAAAACCACAGUAAGGACUUCUUAAACAAGGUCUUUAGUGAUCCCCAUAGUCGGAAAGCUGAGAAGUCUGGGCCAGACUGCAAGCUCAGGCCCUUCCGCCUGCAGACCUCGGCAGCAGGAGCCAAACCAGAGGAGCAGGUCAACGGCGUGAGCUGGGCCAGUGCCCAAGGCGCAGAAGAAAGGACUGAGUACCUGCAGAAAGUAAGAAGCAUACUGAACAUUGUGAACGAAGGGCAGAUAUCGCUCUUGCCACACCUAGCUGCAGAUAAUCUGGACAAAAUUCACGACGAGAACGGAAACAAUCUGUUACACGUUGCUGCAUCAAAGGGCCAUGCGGAAUGUCUGCAGCACCUCACGUCGCUGAUGGGCGAAGACUGUCUGAAUGAACGGAACGCAGAGCAACUGACUCCAGCGGGCCUGGCCAUCAAGAAUGGUCAGCUGGAGUGUGUACGCUGGAUGGUGAGUGAGACGGAAGCCAUUGCGGAACUGAGUUGUUCCAAGGAUUUCCCAAGCCUAAUUCAUUACGCAGGCUGCUAUGGGCAGGAAAAGAUUCUUCUGUGGCUUCUUCAGUUCAUGCAAGAACAAGGCAUCUCAUUGGAUGAAGUAGAUCAGGAAGGCAACAGUGCUGUUCAUGUCGCUUCACAACAUGGCUACCUUGGAUGCAUACAGACCCUGGUGGAGUAUGGAGCAAAUGUUACGAUGCAGAACCACGCUGGGGAAAAGCCCUCCCAGAGUGCCGAGCGGCACGGCCACACCCUAUGUUCCCGGUACCUCGUGGUGGUAGAGACCUGUAUGUCACUGGCCUCACAAGUGGUAAAGUUGACCAAGCAGCUAAAGGAGCAGACAGUGGAGCGCGUCACACUGCAGAGUCAACUCCAACAACUUCUGGAAGCCCAGAAAUCAGAGGGCAAGUCCCUCCCAUCUUCACCCAGUUCACCCUCCUCACCAGCUUCUAGAAAGUCCCAGUGGAAAAUUCUAGAUGCAGAUGACGAGUCUACAGGCAAAAGCAAACUGGGAACCCAGGAGGGAAUACAAGUCCUUGGAAACUUAUCCAGCAGGGCUAGGACCAAAGGAAAAGACGAAGACUCUGAUAAAAUCCUACGUCAGUUAUUGGGGAAAGAAAUAUCAGAGAAUGUCUGCACCCAGGAAAAGCUGUCAUUGGAAUUCCAGGAUGCUCAGGUAUCCUCUAGGAAUUCGAAAAAAAUACCUCUAGAGAAGAGGGAACUGAAGCUAGCUAGACUGCGGCAGCUGAUGCAGAGAUCUUUGAGUGAAUCUGACACGGAUUCAAACAACUCUGAGGACCCCAAAAAUACUCCUGUGAAAAGAGUGGACAGACCUAGACCACAGCCCAUUGUGGAAAGUGUGGAGAAUAUGGACAGUGCAGAAAGCUUACACCUGAUGAUAAAGAAACACUCUGUGGCAUCAGGACGCAGGUUUCCUUUUGGUAUGAAGGCCUCCAAAUCCCUGGAUGGGCACAGCCCAUCUCCCACUUCAGAGAGCAGUGAACCAGAUUUGGACUCCCAUUGCCCGAGCCUGGGAAUGACUCCUCCAACCCAACCUUCUACAGAAGCCACUCAGUGCAGUCCUGACAGUGCCACUGCCCAGAAAGUUGCUACAAGCCCCAAGAGUGCCCUCAAGUCUCCAUCAUCCAAGCGCCGGACAUCCCAAAACUCAAAACUGAGAGUGACCUUUGAGGAGCCUGUUGUGCAAAUGGAGCAAACUAGCCUUGAACUAAAUGGAGAAAAAGACAAAGAGAGGGGCAGGGCCCCCCAGAGGACUAGUGAGUCAGGAGAACAAAUGAAAAGGCCUUUUGGAACCUUCCGAUCCAUCAUGGAGAGUUUAAGUGGUAAUCAGAACAACAAUAAUAACUACCAGCCAGCCAGCCAGCUGAAGACCUGCACACUACCCUUGACGUCACUUGGAAGGAAGACAGCAGAUGCCAAGGGAAACCCUGUGAGCCCUGCUAGCAAAGGAAAGAAUAAGGCAGCGAUGUACAGCAGCUGCAUUCAUCUUCCCUCUAAUGCGCUGGUCGAAGAGCAUCUGCGUGAUUAUGCACGGCUUAAUGACAUCAAAAGAAACACGAAGAAAACUUACAACGUAAAGCACAUUGCUGAACCAGAGCCAAAGGAACUCUUCUUAUAAAUUACUCUUAGUAUGAGUCUCACACAUGCCCUCUGGCCACCAUUGGGAGUUAAUGGACUGUGGCAAUCAGACCAUGAGAACAACACCUCACCAGCGAGCAGAAUAUCUGGAUGCCUUAAAUUUAUAAUAUGAGACUUGUUAUAAGAUACAUUUUGGACCAUAUCUGUACAUAGAACUUGUUUGAUUUCUUUUUUAAUAUGCUGUUUGAAAACAUGAUCGGGCAAUGUAUGCAUUGACACAUUGGACAUUUGAUUGAGUCGACCUUCUUGAAGCACAUCCACCAGCACCUGACACGACUAGUGUUUUUGUGAAUUGCAUGAGGAUUUGCUGAUGUUGAUUAGAUGUUCACCUUCUUUGUAACAAGGGCAGCUGUGGCUCAGCUCAGUGAGGCCAGGUCACUGGUUUUAUUUUCUGUCCAGUGUGUUUUUCUGUCAUUUCUACUUUUUUAAUAAAGAAAAUUAAACAUUUGUAACAGCAGACUCUGGGCGUGGGGGGCAGGGCAUCUACUUUCUAAUAAAUCUGUGAAGCUCUGAUUUCUAAAA